AUGGCAAGCAUCGACCCAGUCAACCUCGACCCCAUCCCCCCUCUCAUCGACUCGUACUCCUUCCACUCCACCCUCCCAGCCUCUGCAGCUCCGGGCUCGGAGGAAAACAAGGAAGGAUGGAUCAUGGGCAUUGACGAGGCUGGCCGUGGACCUGUUCUGGGCCCCAUGGUUUACGCGGCUGCAUACUGCCCCCUCGCAUUCAAGCCCACUCUCGAGUCCCUCGGCUUUGACGACUCCAAGGCUCUCUCUGCCGACACCCGCCAGAUGCUCUGGGAGUCUUUUGACGCCAACGCCGACCUGUGCUACUCGUCUGCUACACUGUCACCACAGGCCAUCUCGGCCAACAUGCUCCGCCGCGUGCCCAUCAACCUGAACAGGCAGGCCGAGGAGGCGACCAUGAGCCUGAUCCGCUCCGCUCUCAACCGCGGCAUUAACAUUCGCGAGUGCUAUGUCGACGCGCUCGGUCCCGCUCAGCAGUGGCAGGACCGCCUGUCCAACGAGUUCCCAACCAUCACUUUUGACGUCCGCGCAAAGGCCGACUCGAUCUUCAAGAUUGUCGGUGCUGCGUCCAUCAUCGCAAAAGUGACCCGUGACCGAUACAUUGAGCAAUGGACAGACCCCGAGGGACCUGUACUUGGCGACGAGGUGGUGAGGGGCAGUGGAUAUCCAUCGGAUCCCAAGACGCAGGCCUUCCUCCGCAACCACAUCGACCCAGUGUUCGGGUAUCGCGGUAUCGUGCGCUUCUCGUGGGCCACUGUCAAGGUGCUGCUGGAAAAGCAGGCGGCAAGCUGCACGUGGGCCGACGACGUCACGCAACCGUCGGCGGCCGCAUACUUUGGCGAUUCGGCCAAGUCAUCAAAACUGUACAGGGACCUGGGCAUCUCGGGAGUCGGCGAGCUCUAG